AUGAGAGAGCACGAGAGGGUUUUGCAUCAGGACAUCGAAAGAUGUGUCGAAAUACUGCAGGAGUCUGUGGAUGCCGAAGCAGCCAAAGCUAUCUCAGUCUUCAGUAAGAAGACUUCGGAUAACGAAGAAUGGUUGAAAGACCUGAAGACAAAGUUCAAGCUCAAAGACAAAGUUGAACUAGAACAGUUACUCAGUCUUAAGAACAAACAGUUGGAUCAGAUAGAGGGAAUCGAAAAAAAAAUUGAUUACUAUGAAAGGCUGUGUGAUGAACUUGAAGAAUUUCAAGAUGAGAUCGAAGUCAAGAUGAAACUAGAGCAAAGCAGAAGAUCUCGUUUAAAUAGUAUACAUGAUUAA